AAGUGACGACAGAGUCUUUGAAAAGACGCGGCAGCAGGAACUACAGCAAUCUUGUUUAAAUUGAAAUAAAUAAAUAAACAAGGUUUUAAAAGACCAUAAAAUGUAACAUGGCAUUACUGACACCUUACAGUAAAAUCCCUGAACCGAAUACAGCAACCAUUCUAGUAAGUAUCGAGCUGAAGUGUGUUGUGUUUUUGUUUGUUUACACGUUGUGCAGUUUGCUAGCUAGCAGCUUUAUAUCUGUUUUAUUCUGUCAGCUAGUUGAAAACGAGGAGAAGUUUCAGUCCAAACUAGCUGACGCUAUAGUGCAGAGGGAACAAGACGCCAACGUCAACGUGCGACUGGCUUGUAAACUUCCUGUGGAGAACAGUGAGACUCGGCCCCGUGUGGAUCUCGUGGUGUUUAUAGUGAAUCUCUUGUCUGAACGCAGUCUUCAGGUGGUGGAGAAUUCCCUCAAUCACCUGAGAUCAGAUUUUUUCCUCGGGAAGGUGUGCUUCAUGGUUACUGAUGCACGGUGUGGUGCUCUGGCUCAGGAGCGUUUAAUAAGUGUGAAGAAACUUGCUGCAUCUCACCGCUGUCCUGUAAUCUGCGCUGAACACCAGACAGAGGACGGUGUUAGCAUGGCAGCGUCGAGACUUCUCACUAUCCUGAAGGUGUCGGCCGGUCUGUCCCCCGUGGCGACCACAGCGCUGUACCUGUCCACUCUGACCCGCUGCACCGUGCCCUCAGAGCUCGACGAAGACUGACCUCUCGCUCCUUUUCCUUUCUGUGAUCCCUUUCAGUUCCUGUAUCGGUGUCAUCUUAUGUCUGCAUGCUUGCUGUGUCAGCAACAUAUAUAUAUGUUUUAUAAGAAGUAAAACGUUCCAUUGAGGUGUGCCAGGUUAUCAGUUUGCUAACAGAUCUGCAGAUUUAUUUUUUUUUUAAGUAAGUGCACACGUUUUAUUUCACUUCUUAAUACUGCACCUUAUCAACACUAGGUAGCGCUGUUCUGCUGCUCAUCUUCCUCCUGUAUAAAGUUUUUUUAUAUAAUGUAUAUAUUGCAGUAGGGUUUCUAUAAUGACUUCUGUGUUUUUAAUGCUCUCACAUCUUGUGCCUUUUGAUGUCACGGUGUUCGUUAUUAAACCAUGGAGCUUCGUUCUGAA